AUGGACCAAAGUCUUAAACUCAACAAAUCUGCAAUGAAAGCUCAGCCUAUAAGGCGAGCUGUUAAAUCUUUUACUAUUGUACCUCAAAUUUCGUUAUACAAGCUUAAUGAUCAGUCUCCAGAGCCUACAUCAGGCAGCUCUCUUUUCCCUUCGAUUACAAAAACGAUGAAUAAAUCUUCAACGACAGGCAGACUUAGCUCAAUUGAAGCUAAGCCAAUAAACUUACAGUCUAAGUUAAAAGCAAAUACGCACAGAAGAAAACUGUCCCAGCCCUUGAGCCCUACAUCAGAAAGGCUAUCACAUUUGUAUGUGUCUCAGCUAUUUUCUUCAAGCAGUAAGAAACAAACGGUUCAUUUAAGGAGUUCUACUAAAUACAGCGAAUGAGAAAUUCAGGAUGCUUUAAGAAACCCGAAGAAAAAAGAUAUAAGGAAAGGAAGGCUGAAGUUAGUGGCCUCAUUGAAAUCAUUAAAGAUGUUUGAACCGAGAGAAGUAACGUGGGUUUAG